AUGUCAUAUGCAACUAAACGAGUUUCAGUAGUUCGAAUACCACGGCAAGUGUUAAAUCAAGUAAAUCCAGAACGUACGGAUAAGAGCAUCACAAAAUCUUAUUUAAUACCACCUGAUAUUCCACGACAUGAGAGAACAUCUUCAAAUAAUCUCGAACAAAUUUAUACGUCUACAUCAAAAACAGAUCUCUUUACAACUACUGUUCCGAAAACAUCAGAUGUUAGAAUUGAUGAUGUAGAUAGACAAAAUAGUGAUAUGCAAUCAGUAAAAUCUACUGUUACAGUUCAACAACAACCUACACGAAUAGACACAUGGAUAAAACCUUCAACAGAAAAUCAAAGUCGUCCACAUUUAAAUUGGAAAGGAACAAAUAAAUGGACAUUUGGUCUUUGUUCAUGUUGUGAUGAUUUUAAUAUGUUUUGUUAUGCUUGUUCAUGUUGGUGUUGUUUUCGACAUGAAUUAACAUCAAUGAUGAAUGAACAUUGGUUAUUAUGGUUUCUUAAUUGUUCACCAUUAAUGGAAUUAAGAACUAAAUUUCGACAACAAUAUGCCAUUCAAGGUUCAAUUGGAGAAGAUUUUUGUUUAUCUACAUGUUGUCCAUUAUGUGUUGCAUUACAAUUAGCCAAUGAAUCUCGUCAAUAUGGUCAUCGUAUUUUUACUUAA